ACACUUUCGUAUUCCGUUAUCAAGUAAAAUUUGAAGGAUCGAAAUCACUUUCUGAGUGAACAUUUUAGCGCCAUGGCUUCCUUAUCUCCGAUGACUCAACUGUCGUUAGUCCACAUUCCCGGCGAAUCCAUCCCCCACCACGUACCAAGCACGUGCUCUUUCCCGCGGAAGCUAACAAUCACAAAACGGAUUAUCUGUUCGCCGGCGAGGAAUUCCGGUGAGACGUCGACGGAGGGAGAGACCGACGGUGGAUCUAGCACUGCCGUCGAUGAGGCGCCGAAAGAGACGCCAUCUUUGAUCUCUGCUCUCAACGUCGAACGUGCUCUACGUGGCCUUCCCAUUACAGAUGUGGAUCACUACGGUCGGCUUGGACUUCUCAGAAACUGUUCUUAUGAUCAGGUAAAAAUUGGUUACCAAGAUAGAGUUAAGGAGCUAAUGGAACAAGGGUUAGAAGAAGAGCAACUCAAGAACAAGAUGGAGCUUGUCAAAGACUCGUAUACGAUUUUGUCGUCCGUGGAAGAGAGGAGAAUGUAUGAUUGGAGUCUAGCCAGAAGCGAAAAAGCAGAGCGGUACAUUUGGCCGUUCGAGGUUGACAUCAUGGAACCGUCCAGGGAAGAGCCGCCUCCACAGGAACCAGAAGAUGUAGGACCAACGAGGAUUCUUGGAUACUUCAUUGGGGCAUGGCUCGUCCUUGGUGUAGCCCUCUCUGUUGCACUCAAUCGUUAGCCUCUUUUUUCACCAUCUUCUUCCUUGCUUAAAAUUAAAUCAUUUCGAAAAUGUAUAUUAGUAGUCGUUUAUAUACCCAAGUGUAUUAUUAGUUAUCUGAUGAAUGUUAAAGCUACGUAAUUGCAAUAACGUUAUGUGCGUAUUAUUGCGGAUCUUCGAAUA